AUCUCGCGCGCUCCCGCCCGCCCCGCCGGCCGCGGCUCGCUUGCUAGCUCCGCGGCGCUCUGAGGUGUGCAGGGCAUCGAGCCCCCCGUCCCGGUGAGGCGCGGCGCGGCGCGGCGGGAUGCGGCGGCGGCCGUGGCGGGGACGCGGGCCGGGCGGGCGGACGCGGUGAUGAGCGUCAGCGGCCACCGCCAUGUCCAAGGUAACGGCGCCCGGGCCCGGGCCGCCGGCGGCGGCAGCGGGCGGGAAGGAGAAGCGCUCCUUCAGCAAGCGGCUGUUCCGGAGCGGCCGCGCGGGCGGCGGCGGCGGCGCUGGGGGCCCCGGGCCGGCCGCGCCCUCCUCGCCCUCGUCGGCGCGCUCGGUGGGUAGCUUCAUGAGCCGCGUCCUCAAGACGCUGUCCACGCUCUCGCACCUUAGCUCCGAGGGCGCCGCCCCGGACCGCGGCGGCCUCCGCAGCUGCUUCCCGCCCGGGCCCACGGCCGCGCCCACGCCGCCGCCGUGCCCGCCGCCGCCCGCCUCGCCCGCGCCGCCCGCCUGCGCCGCGGAGCCGGUGCCCGGGGUGGCGGGGCUCCGGAACCACGGCAACACGUGCUUCAUGAACGCCACGCUUCAGUGCCUCAGCAACACCGAGCUCUUCGCCGAGUACCUGGCGCUCGGCCAGUACCGGGCGGGGCGGCCCGAGCCCUCGCCUGACCCCGAGCAGCCCGCGGGGCGCGGCGCGCAGGGCCAGGGCGAGGUCACCGAGCAGCUGGCGCACCUGGUGCGGGCCCUCUGGACCCUGGAGUACACCCCGCAGCACAGCCGCGACUUCAAGAGUAUUGUGUCAAAGAAUGCACUGCAAUAUCGGGGGAAUUCCCAGCAUGAUGCCCAGGAGUUUCUGCUGUGGCUUUUGGACCGAGUUCAUGAAGACCUCAAUCAUGCUGUGAAGCAGAGCGGCCAGCCUCCUCUGAAGCCACCAUCAGAGACUGAUAUGAUGCCCGAGGGACCAUCUUUUCCUGUCUGUAGCACUUUCGUACAAGAACUUUUUCAAGCCCAGUACAGAUCUUCUUUGACAUGUCCUCAUUGCCAGAAGCAGAGCAACACUUUUGAUCCUUUCCUCUGCAUUUCUUUGCCAAUUCCACUACCCCACACAAGGCCUCUGUAUGUCACUGUAGUGUAUCAAGGGAAAUGUUCUCACUGCAUGCGGAUUGGUGUGGCCGUGCCUCUGUCUGGGACUGUCGCCAGACUUCGGGAAGCAGUGUCUAUGGAAACAAAGAUCCCCACUGAUCAGAUUGUGUUAACAGAAAUGUACUAUGAUGGGUUCCAUCGUUCCUUUUGUGACACAGACGACCUGGAAACAGUCCAUGAAAGCGACUGCAUUUUUGCCUUUGAGACUCCAGAAAUAUUUAGGCCUGAAGGAAUUCUCAGUCAAAGAGGAAUCCACUUAAACAACAACCUAAACCCCUUGAAAUUUGGCUUGGAUCAUUAUAGACUGUCUUCUUCUACACAAGCAGCAGCAAAGCAGGGGAGAGCGGACUUAACCCCCACGACAGCAGGAAGCGACAAGAUUGUUCUGUUAGUGUGUAACCGAGCCUGCACUGGGCAGCAAGGGAAAAGAUUUGGACUACCUUUUGUGCUGCACUUAGAGAAGACAAUAGCAUGGGACCUUCUGCAGAGGGAAAUCUUGGAGAAGAUGAAGUAUUUCUUGAGGCCCACAGUUGGCAUUCAGGUGUGUCCAUUCAGUUUGCGAGUGGUCAGUGUUGUGGGAAUAACAUACUUGCUGCCCCAGGAGGAGCAGCCCCUGUGCCACCCAACAGUAGAAAGGGCACUAAAAUCUUGUGGACCAGGUGGCACUGCUCAUGUGAAAUUAGUGGUAGAAUGGGACAAGGAGACAAAAGAUUUCUUGUUUGUAAAUACCGAAGAUGAGUAUAUCCCUGAUGCAGAAAGUGUCCGGCUGCAAAGGGAGCGUCACCAUCAGCCUCAAACUUGCACUUUAUCCCAGUGUUUCCAACUCUACACCAAAGAGGAGCGGCUUGCCCCAGAUGACGCCUGGCGUUGCCCGCACUGUAAGCAGCUGCAGCAGGGGAGCAUUACCUUAAGCCUCUGGACUCUGCCUGAUGUGCUCAUUAUACAUCUAAAGAGAUUUCGACAGGAAGGAGACAAGCGUAUGAAACUUCAGAACAUGGUGAAGUUCCCUCUGACUGGCCUGGACAUGACACCUCAUGUGGUUAAGAGAAGCCAGAGCAGCUGGAGUUUGCCAUCCCAUUGGUCUCCAUGGAGACGGCCCUACGGACUCGGGCGGGACCCUGAGGACUACAUCUAUGACCUGUAUGCUGUGUGCAAUCAUCACGGCACCAUGCAAGGGGGGCACUACACAGCAUACUGCAAGAACUCCGUGGACGGCCUCUGGUACUGCUUCGACGACAGUGACGUGCAGCAGCUGUCGGAAGACGAGGUCUGCACGCAGACGGCGUACAUCCUCUUCUACCAGAGGCGGACAGCUAUACCGUCAUGGUCGGCCAACAGCUCGGUGGCAGGCUCCACAAGUUCCUCCUUGUGUGAACACUGGGUGAGCCGUCUCCCGGGGAGCAAGCAGGCCAGCGUGACCUCUGCAGCUUCCUCCAGACGCACCUCCCUAGCCUCGCUGUCUGAGUCUGUGGAGAUGACUGGGGAAAGGAGUGAAGAUGAUGCGCUGUUUGAAAUCUUCAGAGCAGCUGUGAGGGGACUCAGCGAGGUUGUGGUUUGCCGAGGGCUGCCUGGUGUGCGGGGCCUGGUGUGGAGGCUCCUGACUGCUCAGCUUCUCGCCUUCCCACCACGCUCUCUCCCCUGGAGGGAUCUGUGGUGUGCCCUUGUGGGUGCAGAGCAUCUAGAACAAAAGCUGUUGCCUUUGCAUAAAGGAGGUUUCUCAACUCGACCGUUCGUGAGAAGCGUCCAGCGCCAGAGCUUGUCAUCCAGAUCUUCUGUCACCAGCCCCUUGGCCGUCAAUGAAAAUUGCAUCAGACCUUCCUGGUCCCUGUCUGCUAAGCUGCAGAUGCGUUCCAGUUCCCCUUCCCGCUUCUCAGGGGACUCUCCGAUUCACACCUCCGCCUCCACCUUGGAGAAGAUCGGGGAAGCAGUGGACGACAAGGUUUCCAUCUCUUGCUUUGGUAGCUUGAGGAACCUGUCCAGCAGUUACCAGGACUCAAGCGACAGUCACAGUCGACGGGAGCACAAGGCUGUGGGUCGGGCCCCUCUGGCUGUCAUGGAAGGUGUGUUCAAAGACGAGUCAGACACCCGCAAGUUGAACUCCAGUGUUGUAGACACACAGAGCAAAAGCUCAGUACAAGGGGAUCCAUUGCCCCCCAUAUCGGGUCCAUUUGAUAACAAUAACCAGAUUGCUUAUGUGGAUCAGAGCGAUUCUGUAGACAGCUCUCCAGUCAAAGAGGUGAAACCUCCAAGCCAGCCAGACUCCCUCGCAAAGAAAUCGGAGAGCACAGCCAGCAGAUCCCCCGGCUCCAGAGGCGCUCCUGAGCCAAACAGAAGCUUGCGGAAGGGGAGACCAGUCUUGGCCAGCCAGGAAUCAUCUCUUUCCAGUACAUCCCCUUCUUCUCCAGUUCCUGUAAAAGUGUCUGUAAAGCCCUCCCGCUCCCGAAGCAAAGCCGAUUCUUCUUCCAGGGCCAGUGGACGGCAUUCCUCCCCUGCCCGCCAAAAGGAGUCCUCCCCCAAGUCCCAGGACUCCGUGUCAUCUCCUUCGCUCCAGAAGCAGAAGUCAGCUCCUUCCCUCGCUGACAGUGCUUCCUCCUCAUCCGCCAAAAAAGCCUCAGGCCCUGCCCCGAGGGGCCCCUUCCCUCCUGGGAAGAGCAGGACUUCAGACAGGAGCUUAAGCAGAGAGGGCUCCAGACAGAGCCUGGUUUCCGACAGAGCCAGCGUCACCUCCAGCCCCAAACCCAGUUCGCCUCGCGUGAGCCAGGCCAGAGCCGGGGACGGCAGGGGGGACGGAAAGCACGUCCGCAGCUCCUCCAUGGCCAGCCUGCGCUCCCCCAGCAUGAACAUGAAGGCCGGUCUGAAGAGGGACAGCAAGUCGGAGGACAAGGGGCUGUCCUUCUUCAAGUCAGCCUUGAGACAGAAGGAAACCCGGCGGUCGACGGAUCUUGGCAAGACAACCUUGUUGUCCAAGAAGGUGGGCGGGAGCUCAGUCAAGUCCGUCUCUAAGAGUGCAGUGGAUGACAAGGCAGAGAAAGGCUCCCAGGCGCUAGGCUCCCAGCAGCCAAAUGUGAAUGCAGUUGGAAAAGAGCAGCUUGCCUCCAAGGACCCUGCUUCUGCUAAACAUUCCCUGCUGUCCGCUCGCAAAUCCAAGUCUUCCCAGCUAGAUUCUGGAGUGCCCUCGUCUCCUGGUUGCAGGCAGUCUGCUGAGAAAUCCUCAAAAAAGUUACCUUCUAGCAUGCAAACCAAUGCACGGGCUUCUCAAAAACCUCAGUGAUAUUUCUGCAAUCCAAGUGUUUUAUCUGUAAAGAUGUUAAUUUAUUUAGAACCCCUUCCCUCCCACCAAAGCCCUCUAUGCUUUUGUUUUGUAUUUUUUGGGUCACGUGCCUGACGUACGUGUGUGUGUGUGUGUGUGUGUGUGUGUGUGUAUGUGUGUGUGUGUGUGUGUGUGUGUAGAAUUCAAUUGCAAAUUGUUAAAAGCAUCGCCUUAUUCUGCCAUUGAACCAAAUAACAGCCAUAGGCAAAGCAUUGAUACCCAGUUAACUGGAAUAAUUGCAGACGAUACCCUGGACGGUCCCUUUAGCAACUGUACAUAUUUCUUUCUAGAGAACUCUAAUGACUUUCGUUGGACACUAGGGAAUUGAAACCUGUGACCCAGUUAAGCUGUCGUUAGCGUGCUCUGUAGAAGGAUGAAUUAUUUGACUUGGGUUUCAUCUGAGCGGAAUUUGUCCUCACUGCGUGCGGAUUGUCGUGUGGCACCGGAAGCUCUAAAAACUGUGACACUAACAGUGAAACAAACCGAGGGAAGACUGUCGCUUUCUGCACUUUGGCCCCAUCUACCAGUCUUUGUAAAGGGCAAUAUUUUAACACUAAUGUUUCUCAGGUAUAUACUCAGCUAGUCUAGGAUGGGUGCGCACAUCAGUGAAAGGAUCGAAGAAGAAGGUGGCCUGUGGGUGGCUGUCAUUUCUCCUACUGCCACAGAUAGACGUUUUUAGAGGUAGAAAUGAAGUCCUUCACCACCUUCAUAUCUGCAAAGAUGUCUGUACCAUAAGCUGUCUUGACCCUUGGGGUAUGUCCUAAGAGGUGGCAAACUGGAUAGCUGGAAAGCCAGUCGCUAGUAGUUAAAUUCUUUUUUUUCCUUGUCAAUUUGCGAGCUAAGGUCAUUGGGAUUUUGAAGUGUAGUAGAGCAGUUAAUACCUUUGAAAGAGUCCUGGAGAAAAAAAAUGGAUUCUAAACUGAAUGCAUAAAUCUGCCAUUUUCCUUCUCUGGUGUUGCUUUUUUCCAUGUUAGAAGUUGAAAGCUCCACGCUGCACCAUGUGUGCAUGCCUUUGUUUCCUCAUCUUGUAAUUUGAAGAGGAAAGAAGUUGCCUAAUGCCAGCGGUUAGUGAUGGUAUGUUAGAACGAUGUGUGACAAAGUGUUAUAUGCACACUUCUGGUCCUGCCUGUCAGUCUUAGUUGUGACUGUUUUUCAGGAACUCAUUUAUUUCUUUUUUGUGCUGAAGAUUUAAUCUCUUACCCAGAAACUCACAAGCAGGAUGGAGCAUGUUCCAUCUGGCAUUGUCAGUGCAAGUUGCAUUUCUUGUUUAGCAAAAAAAGGGAACCUCACAGAAAUCCAAAGAUAAGCAAAAUUAUAUAUAUAUAUAUAUAUAUAUAUAUAUAUAUAUAUAAAAUUUCAGGCUUUUAGGAGGUAUUCUGGAAUUUUGUGCUUUUUUUUUUCUUUUUCACUUUUUUUAAAUGUCAAGAGAGUCAUAGUUCCAAUUCUCUUUGAAUAGCAUUUGUCACUUUGCCAUGAAAUAUAGCAUGCUAAGUUUAUAUGCUUUUACAUAUUAACUUUUUUUUAAGUCAUGGACUCUUCAGGUUCUUCCUGAACUCUGUGCACAGAUCCAUUUAUAAUCUCCCUUUUCAGUAUUGCUCUGUGUGAAGUGACUAUAACACAUAUUACAUGCAUAGCUAUGAAUUCUGCACUGCCCUGUCUUUUUCUUUCUUUCUUUCUUUUCUAUGAAUACCUCUUGGGAAAUGUUUCCAGUAAGUUACUUAACUUUAUUUUGCUGCUAAUUUGAGCAUUAGCAGGUAACUUGCAGGUCUGGAGGCCAUUUAUGUUGAGGGUCGCUGGAAUUUUAGACCCUUGCAGUGUUUUAAGACCUAAACGUUCAGCCUUGUGAGAGUUACACUAGUGCUCCAUGAAAUUCACUUACUGUGAGCCUGUCGCCCAUUGCACUCGAUCCUGACUCACCACUUUGCUUGGUGUCCUCAUUUCACCGUACAGACGUCUGGUUUCCCAAAGCAGCCUUACUCUCCCCUGCUGGGCUGUGACUGCCUUCGAUCUUGUUGUUGCGUCCAACGGCACAUUGACAGCCUGAUCCAUGUAUAGCCACUUUGGGUUUUCCUGUAUCACUUUUAUUUCCUAAAAAGAUGCACCAAAUGUGGGGUUGUCAAUAUCCGGAAUUGAGUGUUUGUCUGACUCUCUCAUCUUUCUUUAAUAGGUAAAUCUCGUUUGAAAUCUCCUAUCUGAAGCUCUGAAACAGUCUUAGAAUCAUAGUUUGACUACACUAACACUUUUUGGGGGGCUGUAAACAGUUAAGCAUUAAUUAGAAUCUAGUUUAAUUUUCACAGUGGUAAGUAUUUUUACUCUUUGAGUCCUCCAGGAAUGGAUUUUCUGUUAUGUCUAGUGUCUUUAAGAGAAAAAACACAACUCUACAAACUCCAUUAAAUUUCCAUGGGAUCUAGAAAUAAAUUUUCCGUAUCUAUAAACUUAUGUCUAUGGAGUUUAGUUCUUGUUUCAGAUUUAAAUGGAAAAAAAAUCAGGAAGUAUUAUGACACUGUUUAGGCAUCUUUAGGCUAUUAUAUUUCUGUGCUUGGUAAACAAUGAAAACUUCAUUCUUAAUUAUUAGGUUACAACCUUUAAGCCACAGAAAAGGAUAUUUUGCCCCAAAGUUUGGAGGUGCUCUUUGUGGUGUGAAGUACCCUAUGGGAAAAUUAUGACUUGGUUCAGUUCAGUUCUUUGGUAGAGUUAGUGACUUGGUGUUUUGUUUUUUCUUUUCCCAGUGAUGUUUGGUACAAUGAGCUUGUAUGUGUUUUGGGGUUAAAAAUCACCUGCUGAGGAUGGUAGACCUGGGUUCCUGGUUGACAACCAGGUGGGCCUGAUUAGAGUAGUCAUUUCCUGGUAGGCACAAAAUAAUCACCAACAGUAGCGUUGCAUCUGUAAUGUUUGUUUGCUUUUAAAAAACUUUAUUCUUGAUUUCUUUUCCUAUAAACAUCGAGUGCACUGAGUCUGUAUCAUUCCGUAGGACAGCCCUACACCUUGCCUUUGUAAUCCCUUAUCUAAUGUGGAAGCACAAAGAAACUGUUAAGCUCAUAUCAUCUCAAGACCGUCUCCCACCUUUUUUGUAUUUUCUUAUCCUAAAAGCAGCCUAACUGAAAGUAAGUAAUGCUCCUCUGGACCAAUAGAAAUGUGGGAGUAUUUGUGACAUGGUAAAAUAUUGUUAACGUCUGUGAGGCUGCUCUGACCUCUUCUGUAAUCAUUCUUUUGUCAUUCAUUCAUUCAUUUAUUCAUUCUGCAAACAUUCGUUGAGGGCCUGCUUUGCUUGUAAAGGCAAGCUGAGAGCUUCGAGAGUUUGCUGUAGCUGAGGAGCCCUGGGAGCACAGCUGAUGAACCAGGGGAUGCCAGUGAUGUCCUAGAUGGAGCGACAGUCCUCCCGACAGAAAGAUCAAGUGGAUCCUGGUGAUCAGCUGAGCCUGUGGGCCUCGUGAGCAAGUCUGUUCUGUUCUGGAAACCAAAAGUGGCCUUCUUCAUCUUUGGAGACAUUUUAUUGUCACGUCCUCUUUUUCAGACUGUGCUGUCUCUACUACUUAGGGAUGUGGAAACCCAUGACAGAGUCAGUUUUCAUUAGAAUUCGGUCGUCCGCAUUUGUAUGAGAUGGAUGUGGGGAUUUUGGGGGGUGGGUGGGGAGAGAAAUUGUCAUCCCUCUAAAGUACCUGUCCUGAAAAAACAGGAGCAGAACGUGAAGGAAACAGGUGGCAGCCUUUAGGAAAAAAGGAACAGAGAAGAGCUGUGAACAAAGCUCAUUUUUUUUCAAAUAAACAUGCUUUAAAAAGUAGAUUGACAUCCGACGUUAAAUUUCAUUCUGACAAAUUACCGAACAGCUGAAGAUACUGUUUCCUGUGUAGGUUAUAAUAAUUAUUGGAUGCAAAGAUAAUUAGUGUCUCCGGGUUGGAUUUUUGAGAUAGUAUGCAAACCAUAAGCACAGUUUCAAUAAAACGUAUUCUGUGAGGUGUGUUGAACUUUGUAUUAUUUGGAAUUGAGAAGAGCAAAACUUGCUGACAAACCAGUGCCUAUAUCAUAAACAUAAACACAGAAAAUAGCUGUUACUGUACAGGCUGUCUGUCUGCAAUUUCACAAAGGGUAUGUUGUUGCUAAACCUGACUACAUAUUUUGGGGGGGAAUCCCAUGCUUUUAUUUAAAUGAACACUCAGUCUCAUACUGCCUUUUGAUCAACUCCCAAAGUGUUUUUUGCAGCUGCAUUUUAAGCAUGACCAAUCAUUUUUCCCCCAAAUAAUGAAAAUAAUUUUGCAUGGCCUCCAUCUAACCCAGAAAGCAUGCUCUUACUGCCUAUGCAAGCAACUAAUAAAAAAAAUACAGACUAUUUAACACUCAACAUAAGUUUGAAAAAAAAAACCCACACCACACAAUUCUUAGAUUAUGGAGCUCUAUUUUUGAAUUUGUAAUUUUUAAAAUGUGGCUUAAUCAGUAUCAAAGAACAUGAAUGUGAUAUCUUGCUUUGCACGUGUUUCUCUUUGCCGGUUUUCCUUUUUUUUUUUGAUCAUUGGCAAAAUUGUAUGUAAAAUAAGUAUUGUGCAAGCAGGAGUGGAAAUGGGUAUGUUGAACACUCACUGGUUUAUAUACCGUAUUUAGCCUGAAGACUUUCCUGAAGUAUUUUGUUCUAAAAAUAACCUGCCAUUUUCUAUAGAUCUUAAUUUUUUAUAUCUUCUAGGGUUCCAUUGUGGUCACAAGGGAAGAAUGUGGCUUCUAAAACUGCUAACAAUUUUAAAACACUUUUGUAGAGACUUGAGCUGUUCUGGAAAGCUUUGGAGCUUCCCAGCUGCUGGUCACAAUGAGACUAAGCUGUGGAGUUUACAGUAGCAUUGACAGUGGGGUAGGUUCUAGAGCCAUCUCACAUUCGUCUAAGACCCGUGUUUCCCAGUUUGGGGGAGAAGGGAGAUCCGUAGCAGACUGGGGAGGCUUUUUCAAAUCUCUCACGCGUACUCUCCCCAGGAUUCUGUCAAGCCUCUUCGGAAUGACUCGUCUGAGAUUCUGAUAGCCAGUGUUCACUAGACUCUUCUAGGGAACUUUUAAAAAUGCCUGGGUCCCACUCCCAAGCUUUUGAUAUACUUAGUGUAGGGGCAGGUCCCAGGAAUUACCAUAUUUAUAUUGAAAGCUCCGAGAUAUUUCUAAUUUGCAGUCAGAAUUGAGAACCACUGUGAUACACCCUUCCUUUGCUGAGAACUAUGGCGAGAAUCACUGCCGUAUGAAGUACUCAGGAGUGACUCAGACUUCUCUGUUGCUUUGGAGAGAAAAGAAAAAAAAAGGGAUUGAGAGCUACUGAUCAACCUCCUGUUUGAAAUCAGGGGGGCCUUUCUGAUGUGAGGAGCUUGGAGCUUUGUGUGUGCCUCAGCACUGGCCGUCUGGUGGGAACCGGUGGUCCUUAGUUUGCUGAAGCAGGCAGAGUGCCCCAUGGGUUUGCCUCCUCCCCAGAGCCCUUCCCCCGGAUGCCACAGCAGGGCCAGACCCUUGGGGGAGCAGGGCGGUCACUCUGAGUUAGAAAAUGCUGAAGUAAAGCCUUCAAUGGCUUUGAAAAACCUGUCCCUGAUUUUGAUAGACCGAUUGUCACCUUGUAGUAAUUAUAGUAGCAAACCCUAGGCUGCUGCCCAAUUUCCUAUUUAGCUCACUCUCUACUAUCCAGAAUGUAGUUUCAGGAAUUUUUUUUUUUUAGUUUAAAAAUGAAUGUGAAGCAUUUUAUUUGGGGUCUUUUUUCAGGUAACCCUCGGUAUUUUUUCAUGUAAUUAAAAAAAUCAAAUAAUAUCCAAAAAUUUGGCAGUACAUGUUACCUGUGGAGGCAAAUGAAAUUUAAUUUUAAUCUGUGGUGAGCUGAAUGCACUACAACAUCUUCAAAAUAAGCUGCUGUGCUUCUCAGGUGGUUCCUUCCUGUUGAGCAUGUUGCUGCCUACAAAAAAAAGAAUUUACCUGGUGUUUUCAACAUUUCAAGGAAUAAUAUAUAAAUAAAAAUCUAGUUGGAAAUGCUCCUUUAGAAGGGCCGCCUGGAGCAGUGAUACCUGUUGUAAUGGUGAAAACGCAAUAUGAAAUUUCCUAGGUGCUAUUCUAAACGGUGAGGUGUUAUUAUACCAAAUGGGGAAGGCAGUGUUUCUGAAGCUGAAGUUCUCUUUGUAGGCCUUUUAAAUAUGCAUUUAUGUUCCCUAUAGUUUUGCUCACCAACUGUGCCUCUCACCACUGGUUAAAAUUGAAUUCAAGCCCCAUUACAAAAAUAGUUUCUUGAUUGAACUCUUAAGUUUUUACACUGGAAUUUCUAUAGUUGUCUUAAAAGCUGCAUGUCAUAUCACUGUAUACAAAAUGCUUUGGUGGUGUUCAUGCACCAUUCAUAGUGAUUUGUGUAUAAUUUUCUUUAGUUGUACAGUAAUAUGGAAGGCAAGAUGUCUUUCCUUGAGGCUGGAAACGAAAUGUAUCAUACAUUUUAAAUUAUUUUAGAACAAGUGCAUGGAUGUGUCACUGACUUCUGUUAUUUAUUUGUAUGUUUUAUUAUUCAAAGUGUAUGCACUUUUAAGAAGCAGAAUUUAUAUUUUUAUGUUUAAAACGUUUUAUUUCUGGAACAGCAGUUGAUUAUAUAGUAUACAGUUGGAAUUAAGAGAAAAGUGGAAAAUGUAACAAAAUAUAAUAAAUUUAUUACAUGAUGCCCUCUUCAA